AUGUUCCGAAUUUUCAUAUUAUUCAAUUUAAUAAUUAUUCAUUUAAAAAUUAUCAAGACAAUAAGUAGUAGUAGUAGUACUACUACUAGUCUGAAUAAAAAUCAACAUAAUUAUGAAACGUAUUUAUUAGUACCAAAUCAAAAUAUCUACAGUAGAAGUCAUUUUUCAAAUAAAUUCAUUCAUGAAGAACAUAUUAUUGAAGAAUCUAUUGAACUGCCGGAACAUUUUCAUGUCGAUAAUAAUCAUUCAGUGAAUGCUUUGAAUGUUUCCAGUAUGAAUUUGAAUAAAACAAACAUAAACUCAUCACUGUCAUCUUCAUCAUCAACAUCAUCAUCAUCAUCAUCAUCAUCUCAACCAUUGAAUGAGUUCAAACAAAAACAAAUUAAAAGUCAUCGGAAAAUAUUUCGUAAACAUUCAACCUCCAUAGAUAUGGGAUUUAGUGGAAGUGUACUGAUGCCUUCUUAUGCCAAUUCAUUGUGUAUUAAAAAUAUAUAUCACAUCAUUUUCAUUUUAAUAUGUGUUACAUAUUACAUGACGGUUUCAUUUACAUGA